GCCCCGCCGCGCUCCCACGCACACCCCGCCCCUUGGGUACACACUGGUGUGUCCGCUGCGAGGGGGCGAAUGAAGUUUGGUGGCUGAAGAGAAGAAGUGGGGCCACCUGCCCGCCCCCUCCCUGCGACGAGCUCCUGGCCCCGCCUCCUUGCCCCGCCACAGUUCGCACGGCCUGCUCGCCGUGAGGAGCCCCUCCCUUCCCUCGCUCUGGUGGGGAGCGUGGCGGCGGCGGUUGCUCCCUGCGUAGUUUGAGAGAGCGCCCUCCACACACGCACACUCACGCAGAGACACCGGUGCGCGCGCUUCGAACGCUCCCGACUAACGAUGCAGUUUAUGUUGCUUUUUAGUCGUCAAGGGAAGCUGAGACUGCAGAAAUGGUAUGUCCCAUUAUCUGACAAAGAAAAGAAGAAAAUCACAAGAGAACUUGUUCAAACAGUCUUGUCCCGUAAACCGAAAAUGUGCAGUUUUCUGGAGUGGAGGGACCUGAAGAUUGUCUACAAAAGAUAUGCAAGUCUCUACUUUUGCUGUGCCAUUGAAGAUCAGGAUAAUGAGCUAAUAACCCUGGAAAUAAUUCACCGUUAUGUGGAAUUGCUUGAUAAAUACUUUGGAAGUGUAUGUGAACUUGAUAUCAUCUUCAAUUUUGAGAAGGCUUAUUUUAUUUUGGAUGAAUUUCUUUUGGGAGGGGAAGUACAGGAGACCUCAAAGAAAAAUGUUCUUAAAGCCAUUGAACAAGCAGAUCUAUUACAAGAGAGCCAGAAUGAAGACUGGGGAGGUUUGUCUGAGGAUAUCUUAUGAUUAAGAGCAGUCUAAAGCCUUAGCGUUUUGAUCCCAUCCAUACGAUUGGAAGCGGAAACCCCUCGUAGUGUACUCGAAGAAAUUGGACUGACAUAAACUUCCUUCUUUGCCGAUGUCUUGUGUGAUGUUUUCGCAUAACUAAAUGUUCACUGCCUUCAUUUAUUGUUAGCUAAUGGUGUUAUGAUGCUAUUUGUCAGUAUUACUGUUCUGCUGAGCUACAUCUUUUAGGCCUACAAGAAAAAAUCCAUUUACUGUAAAAUUUAAAAACAAGGGAAUGAAAGGUUUUAAAACAUUUUUCUGGGGGAAAAGGGAUAUUAUAGUGAUUUAAGCCACAGUAAUUUACAAGCAUUUAUGAGUCAUAGAUGGCAAUUUUAGUAAUUAUAUUUUGUAAAAUGCCAUACAUAAUGUAUCAACUACUGUACAUUAUGUCAGACACUGAAAAGAAACAAUUCCAUAUGGCAACCCGUUGAAAUGUGUUAAUUUGGUUUUGUGUAACCAAAUACUUACUAUAAAGUCAGCAUUUGUUAUACUCAGUUUAGGUUGUUAGAUUGGGGGUAAACAACUGUUUUGCAGCUGUUCAUAAUACCAAAGAAUUCUAUUUAGACCUGCAAGUCCAACAUCUGUUGUGAGAUGUUAGUUGCUUUAUUUCUAGCAACAGGGUUGUAAACAGAACUUUAUCAGAAUGAAAUUGUACAGUGUGAAAUUCAGCCAGAAAACUGAGUUAAUGUACAAAGGGAACAGCAGCUUAGGCUACAUGGAAUUUUCUUUGUUAAAAAAACUUAUUGUUUACUAGCUUAAAUGCUCUCUUGAUUGCACAUGUAAUCCUUUCAAAAGUGUAAAGCAGUAUUAAGUCAGAAGUCACUGAGAUACAGUUGACAUAAUCUCAAAGGGAAAAUGUAAGAAGAGAAUGUUACAACACAUCUAUCUGCCUUUCUCCCAGUAUAUUAACUAUACUUAAACCAGAACUCAAGCAGUUAUUUUGAUAAUCUGACAAUCUCUGUGUUAAAUCAUUGUUUUUCAUUUUUCAUUCUACUUUGCAGGGAUAGGUUUACUCCCAAUUCAAAUCUGAACAACUAGAAGCAAAAUUACACACAAAAUCUUUAAGCCAUUGGCAUACCUUUCCUCAGCUAGUUUUUUAAAAGGCUGCAAAGAUAUGCACACUUUAUUUGGCAGUAAGUAAUAAUUAAUAAUAAAAUAAUAAUAAUUUUUUAUUUAAACCCUGUCCAUCCGGCUGGGUUUCCCCAACCACUCUGGGCAGCUCCCAACAGAUUAAAAACAGAAUAAAACAUUAAGUCCUAUUAAACAAAGCAGGAUUUACUACCAUAUAAACAUGCAUAGGAUCAGGCAACAUGAAUUUCACAAAGUCAAACUCUAUUUUACUCUGUCUUGCAUUUUACUGCAUGUCCUACACUUCACAUAGUGCAGAACCCCAGUACAGAACACCUGCUGUUGAAAGCAGUGUGACUUCCUGCACAUUGUGUUUGUGUGUGUUAUUGCACGCCUUUCCAAUAAUAUGACUAUCAAGUUCCCCUCCUGUGGGUCUAUUUGCUGUGAUUACUGUGUUCCAAAGCAUCCAAAUACUUUACUUUAUAAGCUGUGCCAGGCAUUUGAAAGAUCAUGGCUUCAUGCCAUAAUCACAAAGGAGAAGUUAUGAAAAUAUCAUGUUUGCAUAAGAUACCCAGGAACCCUGUUCUACAUUUCACUCACAGAAAAUCUGGAACGAGUUUCAAGAGACAUUAGAGUGGCCCUCUGUGUGAUGUUGAAGUGACAGAAUUAUUUGACAUUUUAAAAAGUCAAAAGCAAUUUUUUAUGUGUAUUCAAACCAUGUUUAAGGUUUACAAUGUUGCCUUGUAUGUGCUUGGUUGGAAGCUUUGUUGUGACUGUGACGUAAGCUGUGUGGACACUGUCUUAGUAUCACACCAGUUGAGUUGUAAUAAAUGUUCAUUUUUACUCCA